GUGUGUGUUUGGAGAUUGACUGCCUCUUCCUCCUCUGAGCUCCUCACACCACAGACCUCAGUGAACCAGCAGAAGAUCAGCAGCAUCUCACUGCACGGCUUCACAGGACAUUCACAGACAAAAACAAAAACAAAAAAAAACCUACAGCACUGGUGGGCAUUUUCUGCAUUUAGGAGGGGACCAUGAAGCUGCUGGUGUGGCUCAGUAUUGUUUUCUGCCUCUGUGCCUGUCACCUCAGUGAGGCCAGAGUCAUCCCAGAAGGAGUGCCUUAUGAUGAACCACCAGCUGUUCCCUACUGGCCCUACUCCACUUCUGACUUCUGGAACUACAUUGAAUACUUCAGAUCCAUUGGAGCCUACAGCCACAUCAACGAAAUGGCCCGGGCCUUCUUCGCCCAUCAGCCCAUAGGAGACACUCUGGGAUAUGAGACCAAUGCAGGACAUGAACACUAAGGGAGAUGGCAGGACCUGGGGGGGGGGGGGGGGAUAACAUGAAUAAAAAAAAUAUUAUAGGAAAAAAAGGACAACAUUGUAAAACUGAACAUAUAGAAUAGAAUUAGAAUGAAAUAGCCCUAUAUAGCUUUCUAUAAUAUUGUCAUAUAGUGUGCCACAAAUAAAUAAACAUCCUACAAACAUGUAA